AUGUACAAAGAACUGUUACGGGAUUUAUUUGAUGAUUAUGAUAUAAGAAUUAGACCUCGACUCAACCAAUCUUCUACUGUAGAGGUCAACACUUCAUUUACGCUUAAUUCUAUCGUCGAUUUUGACACAGCAGGACAAAGUAUUGUCAUAAUGGGAUUCUUUAUCAUUACAUGGUUUGAUGAAGUCCUUAAAUGGGAUCCAAACGAUUACGGAAAAACAAAUUAUUUCCGUGUGAGGCUUAAUGAUAUAUGGUACCCACAAAUUGAAUUUAGCAAGAAAAGUACUCUAUAUUUCCAGACUAACGAUGCAAGUAAAACCUUGGGUGAUAAAGAAACGGAAAUAGCUAAAAUCUCAUACAAUGGAUUUGUCGUGUGGACUCAUGAUGGGAUUUUCAACUCCAUGUGCAAAGUGACUGUUAAAUAUUAUCCAUUUGAUGUACAAACAUGCGAGUUGAUUUAUCACGCUGCCGGUGAAAACAAAGACACAGUGCUUCUAAAUGUGCCACAUGCUAAUCAUUACUUUAACCUUUUGGAAAACUCGGAAUGGCGUGUUGUUAAAACUACUGCAAAAGUUAUAGAUUCAUUCAAUACGAAUGUCAUGUUCAUCGUAGUCACUGUACAGAGAAGAGCAGAAUUUACAGUGUAUACAAUGAUUAUUCCUCUAGCAACACUUGCCGUGGUAAAUGUCUUCACGUUUCUUGUACCAAUUGAAUCAGGAGAGAAGGGAUCACUGUCUAUCACUCUGUUCCUCGCAUAUGGUUUCUUUACCACAAUUACCAGAGAUUCUCUUCCCCAUAACUCCAUUCAAGUAUCCUACUACAUUGUCUACGUCACUACCCUCCUCAUAUUCAGCGUCUUCACCGUUAUCUAUGUCAUUAUCGAAGCUAAGAUCAACUCUAGCAUAGGUUCAAACGAGAUAAACAUCUGUAAAAUAAAAUCAAAUCAAGUGAAAAGCGUUGACGCUAUGUCGAAAACAAAUGAUGAAUAUGAACUUGAAAACAUGCCUCAAAUGGACAAGACCUUGACAUGGAAUGAGUUUCUUAAGAAGAUGGAUAUUGUUAUGUUCUUGUUUAGCAUUUUAGCUAUGAGCAUUUACAGUACAGUGUUAUGGACAUACGUAUAUAAGAAAAGCAAAAUAUAUUCAUGAA